AUGCGGCCGCACUGGAUUGUGGGUAAGCCGGAAGUAAACAAACACACGUGGAGCAUGGCGUUUCCAGAGCAGAAACCUCAGAGGAAACGUGAGGAUGUUUUCAAGGAAUUUCGGGAAUUGUUUUUCUCCAUGAACCGCCUGACUUCAUUUCCCUGGACUGUGAGUAGGAGGCGAAAUGUGGCAAAAGGAGGAAGAAAGCUGGUAGACAUUGGGUUGAUGUUCUCUCCAUCGGGGUCGCCCUGCAGACUUUCUGAGAGCAGUCUGGAUCUGCUUUGCUUCCCGCAGCCUAACGGAGGCGCCGUCAGCCUUCUGGAGAACGUGGCUCUGAUAUCGGAGGGGACGACGGGCCUGGUGACCUGGGAAGCUGCUCUUCAUCUGGCAGAGUGGGCUCUGGAAAACCAGCAGCUGUUCAGCGGCAGGUCAGUUCUGGAGCUGGGAAGCGGUGUCGGAUUGACCGGAAUCGCCGUCUGCUGCUCCUGCGACCCGCUCAGGUUCGUCUUCAGCGACUGUCACCCGGCGGUUCUGCAGAAACUCAGAGAAAACGUCCGUCUGAACGGGUUUGGAGAGCAGACGUCUCCGGCUGUCAGCGUGGAGGAGCUGGACUGGACCACGGCGACGGAGGAGCAGAUCCGCCGGAUCGGAGCCGACGUGGUUCUGGCUGCAGACGUGGUGUACGAUCCAGAGGCGGCAGGAAGUCUGGCGGCUCUGAUGCUGAAGAUCCUGAGCUGUGGGCCGGCGGAGGUCUACGUCUGCUCCACGGUGAGGAACCCGCAGACCUACGGCGGCUUCAAGCUGCAGCUCGAGGCUGCAGGACUGGACCACGAGGUGCUGAGCGGACCCGCCGGCGCCGUGUUCCCCUACCACAGGCUGGCUCCAUUAGAGCUCAUCAAAGUGUUCAGGAAGCCCAACGCAGCAGAAUAAAGAUUUUUAUUUACAGAUUUGGAUCAGAAAACAAAA